AUGCGCAAGGCAAUCCUCUUGUCCGUACCGGUCGCUUCGGCUAUGAUAGACUGGACGCCUGCCAACCUUCAUCUUCCCGCGUCCCUGGCAUCGUUGUUGCACCCGAUCUCGAAGACGGAUACCAAAGCUGUCGAGGAUGUCGUCAACGCUGCUUGGACCAAAUCCCAAAUCCUCUCAAUCGAAGUCGAACCCGUACCGGCAGACGUCCGUCAGCUGAUUGACGUUGACGAACUGCAAACUGAGGCACUGGUUUCGGGGAGUGAGCCUGGUCAUGCCGGCAAGAUUGAGGAUGCAAACGUCGAUUUCCUCUCCCGCUUCAUACCGCCUCGGCCAACAGUCGCCAAGGGCGAUCCGAAUGCACCCAUCUCGUCGCCUACUUCGGUGCCUGAUCUCGAACGACUCAUCGCCGGUGAGGUCAUUGCAACUGCUGCCACCAUCGACGAUAGUGGUCUCCUGGCGGACGAGUAUCUGCCCGUCACGGACAAUGACUCGGGCGAUGCCACCACUGCGCCCAACGAUGCAGGUGCUGCUUCAGCCAAGGAAGGCACUGCGGACGUACCUGUGGCCCACGACAUCGCCAGCCAGCUGAAAGAAGAAAUUCAGACGCAACGUCAGCAGACGUCAUACUCCGCUGGCUUCGCGGACUGCUUCCACAGCACACUGCAAUACUUCUAUCGACCUGGCUCACAAGACGUCCACGCAGAGACAAACGACAAUCUGACUAAUCACAACGGUCCCUCCACCCUCCACUCCUUCCGAAAACUUGUUGUUCCUGAUUCGCACUUCCAGUGGAUCGUCUUUGGCACCAGCUUCACAGUCACGCUGCUCUUACUCUUCCUUCGAGCGCUCAUUAUUCGUCAGCGCAACCAGCGCAAGUGUCACAAUGCAGCGACGACAGAUCUGGAGUGGUCCAAGCUGACUAUCGCCGGGACCGAGGUGGGCCAUGUGAAGAGGAAGACAUUACGGCGCGGGGAGAGCGUGUGGGUCUUGGUUAAGGACUCGGUGGACGGCCAGGAGAGGAUGGAGAAGGUCUGCUUGGAAGACAGCGUCGGUGUUCGAGGAAGGGAGGUUUGGAGUGACGCUCACUGA